CUGGUUAAAAACAGACGAAGAAGACGGAACCCGGAAAUAUGACAAGAUGGCGGAAUGUGAUAACAUCAGCGAUGUUCGACAAAUAAAUUCAAACGCAGAACUUCUGAAAUUACCCGAAUUGCUAGAUCAUGGAUGGAAGAUAUUUGAAGAGGUUGACCGAACAAAUGAACCUCUUGGCUCUAAUAAUAUCCAGGUCCGAGUUAAACGCGGCAUCAGUAUGUUGGAAGAAGCGUCCAGGAUGGCGGCUCAGCUCGACCUGUUCAGCCGCAAUGAAGAGCUGCAGGAGACGGCCACGGCGGAGCUGAAGUACCUGCUGCUGCCUGCGCUCUUAGGAGCCCUGACCAUGAAGCAGACCAGCCGUGAGAAACGACUAGAGAUAGUACAAACAGCCCGGGCUUACUUCAUGGAUUUCCUGAGGAGAUGUAAAGAUUAUAACAUAUCACAGUUUGAACUGCCUAAAUCAGCAAAUGGAAACACAAGUCCUGAUGAAGCAUCAGAAAACAGACUCUCUGCUGUCAAGCCUGUCCACGGCCCGUCAGACCUGGUUGCCAUGGCAGCACAGAGACAAGCUAAGAUCGAGCGAUACCGUCUGAAGAAGGAGCUGGAAGCCAGACUGUCAGAUGUACAGAGAGCUGUGGACAGCGGACAAGCUGACGAUGAAGUCAGCAGAGAUUUUUACCUGCUGAAUGUCCGGAGAUGGGUCACUGUGUGUCUGGAGGAAGUGGAGAGCAUCGACCAAGAGCUGGAGAUACUGAAGAAGAUGGAUGUUCUGAAGCAGGGUGCUGUCGAGCAGCCGGCUCAGCCUCCCAGGCCUCCCAUGAAGCCCUUCAUCCUCACCAAGGACUCUAUGCAGGCUCGUGUGUUCGGGGCUGGUUACCCCAGCCUUCCCACCAUGACAGUAGAUGACUGGUAUGAACAGCACAGGAAACGUGGUGCCCUGCCUGACCAGGGGAUACCCAGGAGGGUCGCUAUGGAGGAGGACUCUGAUGCAAAAGAGAGGGAAGAAGAAGAAAAGGAGAAAAAGGCUGAAAAUGACGAUGAGGAGUCUCUGUUGAAAGCCAGGAACUGGGACGACUGGAAAGACACUCAUCGCAGAGGUUAUGGAAACCGCCACAACAUGGGCUAACUGAUCCCAACGCAGCGUGUGCUCAGACAGACCUGGCUCUGUCGUCAUGUCUAUCCUAAUCAGUCCGGGAGGUGGACACUCUUCACAAUUUUGAUCUUGAAAACUGUUGGUAUGAGAGGGUUACCAAACCAAGAAACACACCAUAAUUUCACCAAACAAACCUGAUGUUCAGUUCAUUGAUGGGGUUUAUCUGCAGGUACACAUUCGUGUUAGAUCAUACAUCAUUUACAAGGUUGGAUACAACAGUACUCUGUGUUGUCAAGUUUUUGAAUGAGUCUUAAUAAAAAUCUACUUGUUGGCUGAA